AUGGGUUCUGCCGGUGAGGUUAAUGUUGCCAACGGCGCCGGCACGCCCAAGCGGCCCAUCCGCAUUGCCGGGUGCUCUGGCGGCGUGUACGACCGCAAGCGGGCGAUCCACGACAUGGCCAAGUACGAGGACGUCGACGUGAUCACGGGCGACUGGAUGUCCGAGUGCAACAUGACGCUGCGCGGGUCCGACAAGCGCGACCGGCUGGCGCAGAAGACGAUGACGUCCGGCUCGACCGAGGUCGCCAAGGGCUACGAGCCGUAUUUCCUCGAGGAGCUGGACCCGGCGCUGCCCUGGCUGGCCCAGAAGGGCACCAAGAUUGUGGUCAACGCGGGCGCGUCCGACGUGCACGGCCUGGCGGCGGCGGUGCAGGCGCUGAUCCAGAAGCACGGCGUGGCCCUCGCGGUGGGCGUGGUCGACGGCGACGACGUGACGGACGCCGUGCUCGACCUCUACGCGCAGGGCGAGCCGUUCCUCAGCCUGCCGGCCAACAGGCCCAUUUCCGAAUGGGGCUUCGCGCCCCUCUGCGCGCAGUGCUACCUCGGCGGCACGGGCAUUGCCGCGUGCCUCGCGGGCGGCGCGGACAUUGUGCUGUGCGGGCGCGUGGCCGACGCGUCGGUGACGGUGGGCGCGGCCAUGUGGUGGCACGGCUGGACGCGCGCGGACCUGGCGGCGCUGGCGGGCGCGCUGAUGGUGGGCCAUAUUAUCGAGUGCAGCACGUACGCGACGGGCGGCUACUACUCGGCCUUCAAGGACCUGGGCGGGCAUGACCUCGACCUGGGCUACCCGAUCGCGGCCGUCGACCACGCGGGCGAGGCCGUCAUCGGUAUGGAGAGGAACCGCGACGGCCUCGUCAACAUCGAGACGGUGGCGUCGCAGCUGCUGUACGAGAUCCAGGGGCCGCUGUACUACAACUCGGACGUGACGGCGUCCAUCAAAGACGUGCGCCUGGUCCAGGUCGGCCAGAACGAGGUCCACGUCUCGGGCGUCAAGGGUCUUCCGCCACCGCCGACGACAAAAGUCGGCAUCACGGCCAAGGGCGGCAUGCAGGCCGAGUUCCACUUCUACCUCACCGGCCUCGACAUUGAGGAAAAGGCGGCCAUGAUCGAGCGCCAGACCAAGGCGCGCAUGGGCGCGUACCUCGACAAGUUCAGCUGCCUCAAGUUCAUGAUGGCCGGCGCCGUGCCCGCCGACCCGGCCACGCAGGACGAGGCCACCGUCGACCUGCGCAUCUUUGCCCAGACGCGCGACCCGGACCUGCUGGCCGGCAGCUCCUUUGUCGACUCGGACCGCGGCUCCUUUGCGCGCUUCUGCAUCGAGAACCUGCUGCAGAGCUACCCCGGCGGCACCAUGGCCCCGGACAUGCGCACCGCCAUCGGCCGGCCCUUUUUCGAGUACUGGGUCGCGCUGAUGCCGCAGGCGCUGGUGCGCGAGACCGCCCACCUGCCGGACGGCACCGUCCAGCACAUCCCCGCGCCCACGGUCACGCAGACGUUCCCGCGCGAGCAGCGCAGCUACGACACGGCGGACCCGGUCGACCUCGCCCAGUUCGGCCCGACGACGCGCGCGCCGCUCGGCUACGUGGCGCUCGGCCGCUCGGGCGACAAGAGUUCCAACUGCAACCUCGGCCUGUUUGUGCGCCGCGACGACGAGUGGGCCUGGCUGCGCACGGUCCUGAGCACGGGCAAGCUGCGCGCGCUGCUGGGCAAGGACGACGUCGGCCGCCCGAUUGACCGCUGCGAGUUCCCCAACAUCCGGGCCGUGCACUUUCUGCUCAAGGACUUCCUGGACCGCGGCUUCAACUCGACGUCGGGCUUCGACUCGCUGGGCAAGAAUCUCUGCGAGUACAUCCGCUGCAAGUACGUGGACAUUCCCGACAAGUUUUUGGCGCGGGGGCGCAUCUAG